AUGGAAAGAGGGAGAGGAGGAGGAGGAAGGAACCUGGGAGGCUCUGGCCUGCACAGGAGCAUUUAUUCCCAGUCCCAGCAGCAGUACCACUACCCAUCCUCCUCCCAGGGGAGCUGCAUGGAGAUCCAGGAGCUGGCCUCCAAGAGGGUGGACAUCCAGAAGAAACGCUUCUACCUGGAUGUGAAGCAGAGCUCCCGCGGACGCUUCCUGAAGAUCGCCGAGGUCUGGAUAGGGAGAGGCAGGCAGGACAACAUCCGGAAAAGCAAGCUGACCCUCUCCUUGUCCGUGGCUGCCGAGCUGAAGGACUGCCUGGGCGACUUCAUCGAGCACUACGCCCACCUGGGCCUGAAGGGUGGCCACGGCCACCGGCACGAGCACAGCAAUGACAAGGAGCAGCUUCCCCGGCGACGACAGCCGCAUCCCGCGCCGCCCUCGCCCCCCGUGUCCGUGGGCUCCGAGGAGCACCCCCACAGCGUCCUCAAGACGGAGUAUAUCGAGAGGGACAACAGGAAGUACUACCUGGACCUGAAGGAGAACCAGCGAGGGCGCUUCUUGAGGAUUAGGCAAACCAUGAGCAGGGGACCUGGAAUGAUGGGGUAUUUCGGCCACAGCUUGGGCCAGGAGCAGACUAUCGUCCUUCCGGCGCAAGGGAUGAUCGAGUUCAGGGAUGCUUUGGUCCAGCUGAUUGAAGAGUACGGCGAGGGGGACAUAGAGGAGCGCCGGGGGGGAGGCGAGGAGCCCCCGGAGCUCCCCGAGGGCACCUCCUUCCGAGUGGACAACAAGCGCUUCUACUUCGACGUGGGCUCCAACAGGUACGGCAUUUUCCUGAAGGUAAGUGAGGUGAGGCCUCCCUACCGUAACACCAUCACGGUGCCAUACAAAGCGUGGACACGGUUCGGGGAGAAUUUUAUCAAGUACGAAGAAGAGAUGAGGAGAAUUUACAACAGCCAUAAAGAAAAGAGGAUGGAUGCCAGAGGGGACAGUGGUGAAGAGCAAGAGGGUCUGGAAUAG